UGGAGAGGUUAAAGACGCUAUAGAUAUGCUUCCCGAAGUUCAACAUCACUCACGUUCCACGGGCGCACAAUCAGAUUGCUGAUUUUUUGGCUAAGACUGCUAGAUCUUUCCAUAUGGAGUUACAUUUUGUUGGUUGUUUAUUCCGGUUUGGUUACCUAGACCACCUCAAGUUUGAGUAAUAGAAUGUUUUUUUGACGUUAAAAAAAAAAAAAAACGUCCAUAUACACAUUUAAUGGACAGUUUCCGAGACGGGAGAAAUAAUAAAUAAUAAAACGUGAAAAUUUCCAACGAUUAAUAAAAAAGUAGCACACACGAUUGAAGGCUAUGAAAAUUGAGGAUUAAGAUAUAUAUGAAUGUUAAUUUUGUUAUUAAAAUAAAGAACAAAGAGUGUUAAAAAUUUACAAAUAUGCUUAGCUAAUACUUUUUAACCUAUAUUUGCUUACCUAAUUAUUAUCUACUACUAGAUCAAAUAUAUAAACUGUGGAUAAGAAACUGAAAGUUUCAAACGAUUAGAAAGGAAAAUGUUGCACACACGCUAUAACCUAUGGAGAGGAUAAAAUUAUUUAUUGAGUCGAGAUCCAAGACAAACGAUUUUAUAAAAAAAUAUUGAAUAUUUCCAACGAUUAUAAAGGAUUUUAAAACUAUCAAUAAAAGAGAAAAUGGCAUGCACGAUUGGAGGCGGCUAUACACUAUAUAUAAAGAGGAUGAGCCAUUUUAAAGUCGAGAUUGAAAGAGUGAAAAACACAAACUAAACUAUGAAGAUUAAGACAGGAAGACAGGAACCAGCGGGAAACAAGGGAGAACAUGAUGAUCAACCGCUUACUCCAACGGCGCGUUUGUUUACCGCGCCGGAGUUCAACUGCUACAUCACUGCGGUGAUUGGUUUAAAGAGCAAGAUCAAACGAGAUGUGUUUAUCGAAGGAUUAGAGCAAACUUUGCUUAAACAUCCACGUUUCUCCAGCAUACUGAUGAACGACAAUAGCCAAGAACAAAAAUGGGUUCGAACGAAGGUGGUGGCCGAGGAUCACGUCAUCAUUCCCAAAAUCGAACUAGAGAACGCAAACGCAGACGCUUUUCUGGAGAGUUAUGUCUCUGACCUCACUACAAUCCCGUUGGAUACCUCGAAGCCUUUAUGGGAAGUUCACUUAGUUGACUUAAAAACAUCAGACGCUCAAAAUGUCGUCGUUUUAAAGAUUCAUCACUCGGUCGGUGAUGGUAUGUCUCUAAUGUCUCUAGUCCACGCUUGUACGCGAAAAACAUCAAACCACGAAGAGCUCCCGAGUUUACCGAACGAGAACCGGCUGUCAUCAAAAUCAAUGGCCGGUUAUUCCCGGUUAAUAUGGAUGGUUAUGUUGGUUUGGAAUACCCUUUGUGAUGCAUUGAAGUUUAUUGCUACGACAAUGUUUCUUAAGGACACUGACACACCCAUCAAAGGCGAUUUCCGGUUAAGUAAGAGUAAGCGGAUGUGUUUGGUUCAUCGUACCGUAGAUCUUGAAGACAUUAAGCUCAUCAAGAACGCCAUGAAGAUGACCGUCAACGAUGUAUUACUUGGAGUAGCUCAAGCUGCUCUCUCGGAGUACUUAGAAAGAAGAUACGGAGAACACGAAUCUAAAAGGAAUUCAAGUAAUAUGCUUAAAGAAAUAAGGCUAAGGGCAUGUCUGCUUGUAAACAUAAGACCUACUACUGGAGUUCAGGAUCUAGCUAAUAUGAUGGCUAAAGGAUCUAAGUGUAAAUGGGGAAACUGGAUUGGCUAUAUGCUCUUUCCAUUGUCUCUUGCGUUACACGAUGACCCGUUGGAACAUCUUCGACGAGUCAAGUCGAUCAUUCACAGGAAGAAGAACUCGUUAGAAGCUUUGCUAACCUUCACCUCUACUAAAAUCCUAAUAAAAAUGCUUGGAGUUGUGUGGGCGGCUAGUUUAACAAGCAGAACAAUAUCAAACACAACGAUGUCGUUUUCAAACUUGGUGGGUCCUACUGAAGAAGUUAGCUUAUAUGGGCAUCCCAUCACCUACAUAGCCCCGAGUGCUUAUGGACACCCCCACGCUUUGACGAUGCAUUUUCAAAGUUAUAUGAACAAGAUGACUAUUUCUUUAACCGUGGAUCCAACGGCCAUUUGUGAUCCUCAUCAGCUAUGUGACGAUUUGGAGGAAUCUCUAAGAAGCAUCAAAGCUGCUGUCCAAGAAAGAAAUGCUACUCAAUAGUUUGAAAUAUUUUCUUCUGAUUCAGGUCAAGAAAUAAUAAUCAAAACUUGAAAUGAGACAAAGAAACCAUUAGAAAAUUUCUAAAAAUGAAGGCUAUAAAGGGUGCUUUAUCAA